GGUCGCCGUGCCCUGCCCUCCCGCCAGUCCGCUUGCUCUCUCGCUCCUUCGUUCGCUUCCCCUAGCCCAAGGGGAAAGGUCAGCAACGUCCUGGAGCCGCCUUGUCACUCCCCGACAGGCAUGAACUGCAGCGAGAGCCAGCGGCUGCGAAACCUCCUGAGCCGCCUGCUGCUUGAGCUGCACCAUCGGGGCAACGCCAGCGGCCUGGGCACUGGCCCUGGCCCAAGUAGGGGCAUGGGGGUCGUGCCUGACUCUUUCGUGGGCCGCGAGGCGACCAGCGCCAAGGGUGACGAGGCCUAUCUCUACAUCCUGCUCAUCAUGAUCUUCUACGCCUGCCUGGCUGGAGGCCUCAUCCUGGCCUACACCCGCUCCCGCAAGCUUGUCGAGGAUAAAGAUGACGCGUCCCAGGCCUGCGGCGAGCACGAAUGGGCUCCAGGAGGUGCCUUGGCCACAGACGCCGAGACUACAGCCAGCUACCCCGUGGAGGGCUUCCACCUGCUCGCCCCAAGGGGGCUGCCAGCCCUUGCCCGGGGCGCCGAGCGGGUCUAGAACCACAGCCCCAGCAAGCUUGCUCCCUCCUCACCUCGCUUAAACACGGGCGUGACUCCUGCCCUUUCAUUCC